AUGGCCGCCUCUCUUCGGAACAUCUCCGCUCGUGGAGUGCGAUCCCACUUGAGUGUUUCUCGUCGCUUUGCUGCGCCCUUGUCUUCUGCUUCAUUUUCGACUGCUACUACUGCGACUUCGAAUUUGAGCUCGUCGACUUCUUCUCGUGCAAACAAUUCACGACCGCUGUCCUCCUCCGUCCUCUCGUCGCAACGCCUCGGUCCUCUCUCCGCUCCGGCUCAGACGCGCACCAUGGCUUCGCAAGCCUCCAAGAUCAAAGUCAAGAAUCCCGUGGUGGAACUUGAUGGGGAUGAGAUGACCAGAAUUAUUUGGCAAGAUAUCAAAGACAAGUUCAUUUUCCCAUAUCUCGAUAUCGACCUCAAGUACUAUGACUUGGGCUUGGAAUACCGCGAUGAAACCAACGACCAGGUCACCAUCGAUUCCGCCGAGGCUAUCAAGAAAUACGGAGUCGGCGUCAAGUGCGCCACCAUCACUCCCGACGAGGCCCGUGUGAAGGAAUUCAAUUUGAAGAAGAUGUGGCUGUCUCCGAACGGCACUAUUCGAAACAUCCUUGGUGGUACAGUGUUCCGUGAACCCAUUGUCAUCCCGAAGAUCCCCCGUCUUGUCCCUGGAUGGACAAAGCCUAUCAUUAUCGGUCGUCACGCCCAUGGUGAUCAAUACCGAGCCGUUGAUCGCCUCAUUGAGGGCGAGGGUACCCUUGAGCUGGUCUUUACCCCCAAGAACGGCGAGCCAGAGCGUAUCAAGGUGUACGACUUUAAGGGAUCUGGUAUUGCCCAGGCACAGUAUAACACCGACGACUCAAUCCGCGGCUUCGCCCAUGCCAGCUUUAAGAUGGCCCUGCUCAAGGGCCUUCCGCUGUACAUGAGCACCAAGAACACGAUUCUGAAAAAGUACGACGGCCGGUUCAAGGACGUCUUCCAGGAGAUCUUUGAAAAGGACUAUAAGAAGGAGUUUGAUGCCAAGAACAUCUGGUACGAGCACCGUCUCAUUGACGACAUGGUGGCUCAGAUGGUCAAGAGCGAGGGUGGAUUCGUCAUGGCCUUGAAGAACUACGACGGCGACGUGCAGUCCGACAUUGUCGCGCAAGGAUUCGGCUCUCUCGGCCUAAUGACCUCGACGCUCACCACCCCUGACGGCUCAGCCUUCGAAGCCGAAGCCGCCCACGGCACCGUGACGCGCCACUACCGCGAGCACCAAAAGGGCCGCGAGACAUCGACGAACCCAAUCGCCUCCAUCUUCGCCUGGACCCGUGGCCUGAUUCAGCGCGGCCAGCUGGACAACACCCCGGAUGUGGUCGCCUUUGGCGAAGCCCUAGAAAAGGCGUGUGUGGAUGUUGUGAAUGACGACGAGAUUAUGACCAAGGAUCUGGCUCUGGCGCGCGGCCGCAAGGACCGCGAGGCAUGGGUUACGACCCGUGAGUACCUGGAGGCUGUAGAGAAGAAGCUCAAGGGGAAUCUGAGCAAGGCUAGGCUGUAA